GCGCUGCGAGCUGGACCAGAUGGAGCAGCAAGUGCACAGCUGGCUCCGCGAGGGGGCCGCCACCCGCAUGGUGGGCAAGACGGUCUUCAACCCCCGGUCCAGCCGCAGCCAUGCCGUGGUGAUGCUGCACCUUUGUUGGUCCCAGCAGACUUCCGCGGGCAGCCGCCUGAAGCAUCUGCCCAGCUCCUCCACCCGGGAGACCCGUGUCUACCUGGUGGACCUAGCAGGCAGCGAACGCGCGGGCAUGCACGCGCUGGCUCCGGAGCAGCUCAAAGAGGGAGAGCACAUCAACCUCAGCCUGUCCGCGCUGGGCCGAGUGGUGGGAGCCCUCGCCAGCGGCAAGUGCGAGCACGUCCCGUACCGAGACUCGGCUCUCACGUGGCUGCUGAAGGACGCCAUCACCGGCAGCAGCGCGCGGGUCUGCAUGGUGGCGGCGGUGCAUCCCGCGCACCCGGUGGAGACGGCCAGCACGCUGCGCUACGCGCGGCAGUACUCGGCGUUGCAGAGUACCACCGGAAGCUUUGGAUCUCAGCUGUCCUCCCAGGUCCGCGACUUGCAAAGGCGCGUGGACUCCUUGCGGCACGCUUUCGAGAAGGCUCUGGCUGGCGACGAGCACUCCAUCGCGUGGACGCGGGAGUCCUUGCAAGGCUCCGUGCAUUGUCAGCCCAAGGCGAAUGCACGGCAAUGGUUUGAUUCGCAUCCCACGCUGACCUGGACGCCAGCGCACCAGAGCAAGGCGGCCGUGCGGGGUCAGCGCCGCGACCGGAGCGGCAUAGGUUACAUCACAAAGAUGGAGGAGGGUGACGAUGCCGGAUCUCGCGUGUGCGAGGUCACAUUCGAAGGACGGCACGGCAGGCCCCCGGUGGUGCUGUGGUAUCCCGAGGUGGCGCUGGAGAUGGUUAAGCCACCUUCAACGCUGCUGGAGGCCAGAAAUUUGGCGCCGGACAACGGACGGGGCAGCUUCUGA